GACGUGUUUCCGGCCUUAAAGGCAUUUCGCCCUUCCCUUUAAGACGCGCCGCCCCUUCUCAGUCACUCCCAAGAUGGCGGACCUACUGGGCUCCAUCCUGAGCUCCAUGGAGAAGCCACCCAGCCUCGGGGACCAGGAGUCUCGGCGCAAGGCCCGAGAGCAGGCUGCCCGCCUGAAGAAACUGCAGGAGCAAGAGAAACAACAGAAAGUGGAAUUUCGUAAAAGGAUGGAGAAAGAGGUGUCAGAUUUCAUCCAAGACAGUGGGCAGAUCAAGAAAAAGUUUCAGCCGAUGAACAAGAUAGAGAGGAGCAUCCUACACGAUGUGGUGGAAGUGGCCGGCCUGACGUCCUUCUCCUUCGGGGAAGAUGAUGAGUGUCGCUACGUCAUGAUCUUCAAAAAGGAGUUUGCACCCUCUGAUGAAGAGCUGGACUCCUACCGUCGCGGGGAGGAGUGGGACCCCCAGAAGGCGGAGGAGAAACGGAAGCUGAAGGAGCUGGCCCAGCGGCAGGAGGAGGCGGCGGCCCAGCAGGGCCCCGUGGUGGUGAGCCCCGCUAGCGACUACAAGGACAAGUACAGCCACCUCAUCGGCAAGGGCGCAGCCAAGGACGCGGCCCACAUGCUGCAGGCCAACAAGACCUACGGCUGCGUGCCCGUGGCCAACAAGAGGGACACUCGCUCCAUCGAAGAGGCCAUGAACGAGAUCCGGGCCAAGAAGCGCCUGCGGCAGAACGGGGAAGAGUUGCCGCCUACCUCCUAGGCACCGCGGCUCCCGGGGCAGGGCAGGGGGCGGGGCAGGGGGCGGGGGGGACAGGCUGCUGCUACUAGACCCAUCCUGGAGCCCCACCUCCGCAGCACCUCCCGCCGGCCUCUCUCGGGCUGGGGGCCGGUGGUCUCCGCGUCACUGUCGGAGCCUGGCCGUGUGCGUGCGUGUGUGCGUGUGUGCGAAUGCGCAGGUGGGUAUUUAACGUGUAUCAUUCUCCUUUCUCCUUGGAAUUUCCUUCCCCGUGGGCUGGGAUGACUUUACAUUCAAUAAACACUGUUGACCCAA